GUUCCAAUAGGAGCGAUUCUUUUGUAGCACGUUUCCUACUGCGUCACUUCCUGUAGCCUCAGAUAAAGACCGGCUCGGCGGAAACCCCGCGGGUCAAUUUUUUGGGUUUUGUUCCGCGAAUCCGGCGGGAAUCGGAGCCAUCAGAACCGCAAACAUGACGGUGGGCAAGAGCAGCAAGAUGCUGCAGCACAUCGACUUCAGGAUGAGGUGCAUCCUGCAGGACGGGCGCAUCUUCAUCGGCACCUUCAAAGCCUUCGACAAACACAUGAACCUGAUCCUGUGCGACUGCGACGAGUUCAGGAAGAUCAAACCUAAGAACUCGAAACAGCCAGAGCGAGAGGAGAAGAGGGUUCUGGGUCUGGUUCUGCUGAGGGGGGAGAACCUGGUUUCUAUGACAGUGGAGGGCCCACCCCCUAAAGAUACUGGUAUUGCCCGCGUCCCGUUGGCGGGUGUGGCCGGAGGUCCAGGUGUGGGCCGGGCAGCAGGUCGCGGGGUCCCUGCAGGAGCGCCGAUGCCUCAGGCGCCGGCUGGACUCGCUGGACCUGUCAGAGGAGUGGGCGGGCCUUCACAGCAGGUGAUGACCCCACAGGGCAGAGGAACGGUUGCUGCAGCAGCAGUUGGUGCAAGCAUCGCCGGGGCCCCCACACAGUAUCCACCCGGUAGAGGAGCGCCGCCCCCGAUGGGCCGCGGAGCCCCACCUCCAGGUAUGAUGGGUCCACCCCCUGGCAUGCGGCCCCCGAUGGGUCCUCCAAUGGGGAUGCCUCCGGGCCGAGGCGCACCAAUGGGGAUGCCCCCCCCAGGCAUGAGACCACCACCCCCCGGCAUGAGAGGACCACCCCCUCCUGGUAUGAGACCACCCCCCCGUCCCUGAAGAAGCCCCGCCACUCACUCGACUGUUGUAUAGAUUUUGUUCCUAAAUCUUGUUAGUUUUUUUUUUGUUUUGUUUUUUAAAUAAAGUUUUUCAGGAUGUUUGAUUUCAA